CGCUGAAAUAUCGCUGAUCGAGUCAAUCGUUAUAUCGUAUCGCAAGUUAGAAAUCUAUAGUUGAGAUUAAAGAAAGUAAUAAACUCGUAAAAUACAACAUUGUAACUUGUAAAAUACAACACAAUAUUAUCUAACUUUUGAAGAUAAUAUUAUAUUAGAUAUACGCGUUUAUCGUGAGUAAAAAAGAAACAUGAAUACGCCACAUUCUAAUAAGAAGAAAGGCAGGAACAGGAUAGGUAUGCAGAACGAAAGCGCCAGUCCUCCAAAUGCUGAAACGCUCAGCAGUCAAGAAUUAGCAAAAUUUGUUUUGGUAAAUCCUAUUGGAGAAGAAGGCAGUAAACCAAUUAAAUUAGGUAUCUCAGAUACUAUCCCCAUAAUUCCCUUAGAUGAAAGUAUGCUGGAUGAAAAGGUACAGAAGAAUAUAGUAUUAGUAGAGAAGGAAAAGGAAGAGAAGAAUGUUCUUAGUACCUUGCCUAUUGCAACAGUCAAAGAAAUAGAAGGCUAUGAGAAUCAAUUAGGAGAAGCUGAGCCACUUCCAAAUUCUUACAUCAGAUUUAUGGAACGUAGUGGUGAAGAACUUGAUGGAGAGGUGGAAUAUGAUCUGGACGAGGAGGAUACUGCAUGGCUUUCUAUUGUUAAUGAAAGAAGACUAGCCUCCGGAUUGUCACCUCCAUUAGAGGCUGAUACGUUUGAGCUACUGAUGGACCGACUGGAGAAAGAGUCGUAUUUUCAACAACAAAGCAAUGGCGGAGCUGGUGUCGCGGCGGAUGAAGAUGCAGUUUGUUGUAUUUGCAUGGACGGAGAAUGUCAGAAUAGUAAUGCAAUCUUGUUCUGCGACAUGUGCAAUCUAGCCGUCCAUCAAGAUUGCUACGGUGUACCAUAUAUACCAGAAGGACAAUGGCUAUGUAGAAGAUGUUUGCAGAGUCCAUCUAGAGCCGUGGAUUGCGUGCUGUGUCCAAACAGAGGCGGUGCUUUCAAGCAAACUGAUGUUCCUGCGAAAUGGGCGCAUGUAGUAUGCGCUCUGUGGAUACCGGAAGUAAGAUUCGCCAACACCGUAUUUUUGGAACCGAUCGAUAGCAUAGAGAGCAUCCCGCAAGCUCGUUGGAAACUAACAUGCUGUGUCUGCAAACGCAAAGGAGCCGGCGCAUGUAUUCAGUGUCAUAAGAGCAACUGUUACGCGGCAUUCCAUGUAACUUGCGCGCAACAGGCUGGUCUAUGUAUGCGGAUGCGGACAGUACAACCGAAUAACGGCGAGCCAAUGCUGGUACAAAAGACCGCAUAUUGCGAGGCUCACACGCCCGUCGAUUAUCAGCCCUCCACGAAUCCUACGGACGCAAGGAGGAGAGCGAUAGCUAAUAAGAAAAGCUCAUCAGCACCCGUUAUUUCUAUUCCCACAAUACCACCAGAGAGGAUCCGAGAAAUCGCUAGUCUUGCCGACGGAUUACCAAAGAAGAGUCAGUUGAUACAACGUCUGAUUGCCUAUUGGACGUUGAAGCGACAAUACAGGAACGGUGUUCCGCUUCUCAGGCGGUUGCAAAGUUCACAUCCGCAAUCGAGACCUACGCCUACGCUCGGGGAACACAUCUCGCCGACACAGGACAGCGAAUUACGAGGAGAAUUGUAUCGUCAACUCAAGUAUUGGCAAUGCCUGCGUCAAGACUUGGAACGUGCACGAUUAUUGUGUGAAUUGGUGCGGAAGCGCGAGAAGUUGAAGAAAGAGUACAUCAGAGUAAAAGAGCGAUGUUUAUGGUACGAAUUGCAGCCAUUAGAAUGCAUUUUAAAUAUACUACUCAUAGCCAUAAAGGCGAAAGACGUAAACGAUGUAUUUGGACAACCAGUUAAUAUCAAAGAAGUUCCAGAUUAUCUCGAGAUUGUGUCACAUCCUAUGGACCUUUCUACUAUGCAGGUGAAAUUAGAAAGGCAGGAGUAUGAUUCCAUCGGAGCUUUUGAGGCAGAUUUUAAUUUGAUGGUAAGCAAUUGCCUCGAAUAUAAUCGCAAAGAUACCAUGUUCUAUCGAGCUGGAGUGAAAAUGAGAGAGCAAGGUGGAGCACUAAUAGAGCAAGCGCGUAAGGAGUAUCCUGACCUCGAUCCAGUCGUUGAACCUGAGCAAGUCGCUUCAAAAUCCAGAAAACGAGAAAGAAUUAAUCGUAGCCGCAUGGAAACAGAAUCACAGUCCAACGAAAAAGAGAUCGGUAGCGGCGGGGUGAACAGAAGAACGGCGGUAUUAUUUACACGUAAAGCUAGAGCGCGCGCCAGUAGAAGCGGCCAAAUAUUUGUUCCAGAGGACGAUAGAAAAAAACAAAGUGAUAGCUUUAAAGUGUACAGAAGCGGAACGAUGGAUAGCGACGUUGGCGAGGGAGAAAGCCAAUCAUCGAGCUGCAGUAGUUGCCCUACUAGCAGAUCUACUACCCCCGAUCAAGAAGAAGAGAAGCAGCGACAAGAGAUUGUCGAAACGAAGAAAGAGAACGAAAGUAAACAGACAAGCCUGGAAGCGUUGCAACUCGUCUGGGCCAAGUGUCGUGGAUAUCCUUGGUACCCAGCUCUGAUCAUCGAUCCUAACACACCUCGGGGCACCGUGCACAAAGGAGUGCCGAUCCCAGCACCGCCUGAUGACGUGUUAGCGCUUGCAGACAAUUACAAGGAUCCUGUUUUCCUUGUGCUUUUCUUUGACACAAAGCGCACAUGGCAAUGGUUGCCAGGUGAGAAAUUAGAAAAACUUGGAGUGUCACAGGAAUUGGAUGAUGCAAAAUUGAUUGAGUCACGCAAACCUGCUGAUAGGAAAGCAGUAAAGAAAGCUUAUCAUGAAGCUUUACUUUAUCGCAAACAAACACACAACACUAUGUUAAAUAGUGUGUCAAACGGAUAAGUUUUAUAAACAUUGAUGUUAAAACUAUGGAUGUUGUGAAUAAAUAGCUCUUGUACCAAUUUAUUAUAAAGUUAAUUUAUUGUAAGGAGAGAUCGUAUGGGUAUCGGUUUUAUCUCUGUGAUUCCUACAUACAAUAAUUACAUGUAAUAAUUAGAGCUCAGUUUUAUAUAUUGAUUUAUAUCUAAUAAACAUAAAAGGAUGAUAUUUUUAUCACAAAAAAACAAUGGACUUUUACUUUUCGAGUAUCCCUUUCAAUUUAAUUCAGACUUGCUGAAAUAUGUAUUCAUUAUAUUCGAAGAACAUCAAAGAUUAACAAU